GGGGGAAAUAAUCAAACUGAGGGCAGUGUACCUGGGAGAAGGUAGGACCAUAACCUCUCCAUAUAAUGUUUGCCAUCCAGGAACUUAUAAAAUGAGUGCAUAUUUGCGAGAGAAAGAAACCAGACAAAGGAUCUUUCCCUGUGGGCAUGGAUUGUACCUGAAGCUUUUUGUAAUGGGUUGAGGGUGAGUUGUGGUCAUCGCCAGUCAUGGAGGAAAAGCAGGAAGGAACGUCCUAACUCUCUGAAUGUCUUCCCCCUCGCGGAUGGCAUGUGUUAUAACCAUACAAUUGUGACUACUCAUGGUGACAUAUGACUGCUAUGAAUGUUGAGCCUUUGCAAUGCAUUUUGGAGGUCACUACUACACAUUUGAUGUUUAGGAGGUUGACAGGUAUGGCUGUAGGUAAGUGGUGGUUGUGGAUAGUUUUCUUUGGGUGAGCUACGGGCUAUACAGUGUGCCUCCUAGACUGCAGAGGAGAGCUGUACAGUUAGUAAAAUAUCUGGAACAACAAUAAUGGAUCAGAAGGACAGUUGAAGGAAGAUACCAGCAAAGCUUAAUAGAGGUUCUGGACUGUGAAGAAGAGUGCCUUGGUAGUGUUUACAUUUGAGAGGAAUUUCUCCAGGGCAGGCUGGUAGACUUAAUAAAAGACACUUUCUAGAUGACUAUGCACUACAGAUAUAUAAUCAUAAAGUACAUGUGUAUAAUUACAUGUGUAAUUAUUCCCUGAUGCGUUCUGGGUGAGAGAAAGAUAAUGUCAAUAAGCAAGAAGCUAUAGGAUAUAUUCUCAAUACAAGUAUCACUCUAUAGACACUGAUGAUGUAGAACUUCUAAAUGAUAUCUAGAUCCCAAAUGCAAGAAAUUACGUAUACCCAUCUGCAUGUCUCUUUUGCUGUGCUAAAAUCUUCAUGGACUUUAGUUAUGCUUACAUGUUGUCGGCACAAGAAGCUCUGAAUCUGUUCAUCCAACAGAAGGUUUUUUUUGAGUGGGGAAGAGGUUUUAUGAUUGCACUUUACACUUGGUACUCUUUGUCCCUUUGUAUGACAGAAAGCACAGCAGAUAAAUUGCAGCUGAAGUGUUACAACGUUUACUGGAUGAUGUUCCCAAAAACUGAACUAGACUAUUAGAAAAGUAACUCACGAAACAAGAAUCUCAAGUAGAGGUGAGAAGUGUGGUUUCCACAUGUAGCCACAGUAAAGUGUUUCUAUCUCAGUUUUGCUUGUAAAAUCAGCAAAUGUGCAGGGAAGCAAUUAGAACUUCCAUAUGGGAAUAUGGGGGCUCUUUGGACUGACAGUGCAGAAACCAAACAAGAUAUCGAUUUUAUUGAAUGAUCAAAUAUUAAAAAUAAAUCUUAACUUUUCAUAUAAAUGCACAGAUGCAACGUAAAACCUUUUGACUUCUGCAGUACAGUGUACUGCAGGGUAUUUUAAGAUAAGCAUAGAGGCCAGUCUAAUUAAAGGAAGGUGUCAAUAAGAUUCCAGAUUAAAAAAAAAAAAAGGCUGCAAAGGGUUAAUAUAUUUCAGUCUUUUCUCUCAUCCCAUUUUGAAUUGCUUUAUGUCGUGCAGUUAAUAUUAGAACAGUAGAGCAAGACUUAGAAGUUGGUGAAGUGAACCAGCAUCACAGCUCCGAGGAUGGGAGGCCCUGAAGCAGCUGCUGAGCAGUCUGAGUCUUUGCAGCAGUUGCACAGGAGGGGAGAGGGAAGCAAUAACUAUUAUAGCUGAAUCUGGGUGUGCAGCUGCUGAAUGUCACUGCACCCAAUUGCAACUCAUUAGCACAUACAACUCUCCAAAUUCAUUUUGCCAUCUCCCUGCAGGCAGCAAUUAGAGUGGGCUGCCGUGAAGAAAGGAGAGAUCUCAUUUGGUACUGGGAAUGAUUACUGCAUCGGUCAAGACGUUAAUUGGCUGACUUUGAAGCAGUGCGACUUUAAUUGACAAACAAGGGCUGCAGUAUAAAACCCUCACAAAGCCUUACAAGUCUCCCAUGUUUUUCAAGAGGCGUUAUUACAAGAAAUGGGGCUGUAAUGUCUGUAAAGCUGAGACUCAUUUGUGCACAUUUCACAAUGGAAGUCUGUCGCCUAUGUUAAUUUGUCGGCUUCUUAUUUUUGAGUUUCUGGGUCUUGCCUUACCCAUGUGGGGAGACCACACCUGUUUCUGCUGUGUUGUCAAGCCGGACCCAUGCCUGGCUAGCUUCUGCUAACAAUCACAAUAACAUCAUGUGGGGACAUAGGUCUUCCCCCACUAGCAAGAUCAGACCAUCAGUUUGUUAUCCACUUUGCUUCUGCAGUUUGGUGUAAGAAAUAUGCUGCUGUUCUCUCAACACAAGGGAUUCUCAUCCUGGUUAUGACAGUGGCUUACUGUAAUGACAACUUCUGGAUCCUCUAAGAGCUCACAUCUUUCCCAAGCAAUGUCCGUGUUACCUUCCAGUCUUGGGAAAUGCUGUCCUGGCUUACCGCGAGUGCCAAAGCUCUUCAGCUUCUGCUGUAGUCAGUGGCAAUUGGAAGUGCUUUUCACUUAUGAAAAGGCCUUCUUCCUUGAGGUGCAUGAUGAAGAGGUCACAUAACAAUGUGACUUGUGAAGAUAAGUCUUCAUAGUAAAAGAAGAAGGAUGUCAAUCCUUUCACAGUGUCCCCAAGAUGAAAUGUCUGAAUCUGGGCAGUCCUCAGCAGCUGCCACGCCGAGCACUACCGGAACCAAGUCCAACACUCCCACGUCAUCCGUGCCCUCUGCUGCUGUCACACCCCUGAAUGAGAGCAUCCAACCCAUCAGUGAAUACAAUGGCACAACCAAGAGCAACAAGAGGACACGAGAAAAGCGGAACAGCCGGAACAUGGAAGUCCAGGUCACGCAGGAGAUGAGGAAUGUCAGCAUAGGUAUGGGAAGCAGUGAUGAGUGGUCCGAUGUUCAGGACAUCAUAGACUCUACUCCCGAGCUGGAUAUGUGUCAAGAUCCCCGCCUGGAACGCCCUGGUAACAGCCCAACCCAGGGGAUUGUGAACAAAGCGUUUGGCAUCAACACAGACUCUCUCUAUCAUGAACUUUCCACAGCAGGAUCCGAGGUGAUCGGGGAUGUUGAUGAAGGAGCAGAUCUGCUAGGGGAGUUCUCAGUACGGGAUGAUUUCUUUGGAAUGGGCAAAGAAGUAGGCAAUCUGCUGUUGGAGAACUCACAGCUACUGGAGACCAAAAAUGCUUUGAACGUUGUGAAGAAUGAUUUGAUUGCCAAGGUGGACCAAUUGUCUGGAGAGCAAGAAGUGCUGAAGGGAGAGCUUGAGGCAACGAAACAAGCCAAAGCCAAAAUGGAAACCAGAGUCAAGGAGCUGGAGGAAGAGCUGAAAAGAGUGAAAUCUGAAGCGAUUGUUGCCCGACGAGAACCCAAAGAAGAGGUGGAGGAUGUAAGCAGCUAUCUCUGUACAGAAUUGCAGUGCUCCUCCCCUCUGCAGGACAACAUUCCCAUAGCUCAGCGCCGACGCUUCACCCGUGUAGAAAUGGCCCGGGUUCUGAUGGAGCGCAAUCAAUACAAAGAGAGGUUGAUGGAGCUCCAGGAGGCUGUCAGGUGGACUGAGAUGAUCAGAGCUUCCCGUGAGCACCCAUCCGUCCAGGAGAAGAAGAAGUCCACUAUUUGGCAGUUCUUCAGCCGUCUGUUCAGUUCCUCCUCAAGUCCCCCACCAGCAAAGAGGACCUACCCAUCUGUGAACAUCCACUACAAGUCUCCAACCACAGCAGGGUUCAGCCAGCGACGCAGUCACACCAUGUGCCAGAUCUCCUCUGGCAGCCGCACCCUGGAGUUCUUCCCUGAGGAUGACUGCACGUCCUCAGCACGCCGUGAGCAGAAGCGGGAGCAGUACCGCCAGGUCCGGGAACACGUGCGCAACGACGACGGGCGGCUGCAGGCCUGCGGCUGGAGCCUCCCUGCCAAGUACAAGCAGCUGAGCCCCAAUGGUGGUCAGGAAGAUACUCGCAUGAAAAAUGUCCCUGUGCCUGUAUACUGUCGCCCACUUGUAGAGAAGGACCCAACCAUGAAGCUGUGGUGUGCAGCUGGAGUCAAUCUCACGGGAUGGAGACCUUUGGACCAGGAGGCUGCGAAUGGGCAGAAACUGGAUCCUGGACGGGAUCCUCUCACCUGUGAUCGGGAAGUGGAGGGUGAGAACAACAAAAGUAACCAUACAUCUCCUGAAAAGAAAAAGGCAAAGGAGUUCCAUGAAAUGGAUGCCACGUCCAGUCGUGUCUGGAUCCUCACCAGUACCCUGUCAACAAGUAAAGUUGUAAUCAUUGAUGCCAAUCAGCCUGGCACAGUGGUGGACCAGUUCACUGUCUGCAAUGCUCAUGUGCUCUGCAUCUCCAGCAUCCCCGCGGCCAGUGAGAGUGAUUAUCCUCCAGGAGAGAUCUUUCUGGAGGGAGAUGUAAAUCCUGAAGAGUCGUCUGGAACAGAUGGUGUCUUGGCAGGAAUCACUCUGGUGGGCUGUGCAACUCGCUGCAAUGUGCCACGAAGCAACUGUUCCUCGCGUGGUGACACACCUGUGCUGGACAAGGGACAGAGUGAAGUGGCUGCUGUCUGCAAUGGGAAGAUCAACCAAUCUCAGUCUACAGAGGAGGCAACAGAAGCUACAGAGGUGCCAGAGAAUGGUACAAGUGAGACAGAGGCCAUUCAGACCCGUCCUGGACCCCUCACAGAGCACGUGUUUACGGACCCAGUCCCUGUACAGGCACCUCUUCGGCAGAACGGGGAGAACGGGCAGCUGAAGACAGAGUCAAGCACAGCACUGCCAGAUCAGGAGCUGAACGGGGAUGCUGCUGGGACGUGCACCAGUGCUGCCCCCACCAUGUGGCUGGGAGCACAGAAUGGCUGGCUUUAUGUGCACUCUGCUGUAUCUAACUGGAAGAAGUGUCUGCACUCGAUAAAGCUAAAGGACUCCGUGCUGAGUCUAGUGCAUGUGAAAGGAAGGGUCCUCGUUGCUCUGGCAGAUGGAACACUGGCCAUAUUCCACCGAGGAGAAGAUCGUCAGUGGGAUCUCAGUAAUUACCACCUUAUGGACCUUGGUCAUACUCACCAUUCUAUCCGCUGCAUGGCUGUUGUGUAUGACAGAGUAUGGUGCGGCUACAAGAACAAAAUCCAUGUUAUUCAACCUAAGACAAUGCAGAUUGAGAAGUCCUUUGAUGCCCACCCUCGGCGCGAGAGCCAGGUGAGACAGCUGGCGUGGAUUGGAGAUGGAGUGUGGGUUUCCAUCCGUCUGGAUUCCACCCUGAGGCUUUACCACGCCCACAGCCAUCAACAUCUGCAGGACGUUGACAUUGAGCCUUAUGUCAGCAAGAUGCUAGGUACUGGAAAAUUGGGCUUCUCAUUUGUACGGAUUACAGCCCUGCUCAUUGCUGGCAAUCGUCUCUGGGUGGGAACAGGGAACGGCGUUGUCAUCUCCAUUCCAUUGACUGAGACUGUAGUCCUCCACCGAGGCCAACUCCUUGGGCUCCGGGCCAACAAGACCUCACCCACCUCUGGAGAGGGCAGCCGCUCUGGCGGGGUCAUCCAUGUGUACGGUGAUGACAACAGCGACAAAUCUGCCAGCAGUUUUAUUCCCUACUGCUCCAUGGCUCAGGCACAGCUCUGUUUCCAUGGUCACCGCGAUGCUGUCAAGUUCUUUGUCUCUGUGCCUGGCAAUGUCCUAGCAACCUUGAACGGGAGCGUGUUGGACAGCCCCUCAGAGAACCCCAGCACAGCAGCCGCAGAGACUGAGGGACAGAAGCUGAAGAAUGUCUUGGUGCUGAGUGGAGGAGAAGGGUACAUUGAUUUCCGGAUCGGGGAUGGAGAAGAUGAUGAGACAGAGGAGAAUGCAGGAGAUGCCACCCAGGUGAAGCCAGUACUUUCUAAGGCAGAAAGGAGCCACAUUAUUGUGUGGCAGGUAUCCUAUAUCCCAGAGUGAGAAUUUCUCCUUUCCUACCAAUGUAAGUGUCCCUGUUCCCACCUGAAUGCCACGAUGUACAUACAGAACGCCUGCAUUAUACCUACUGCUGGAAACCGACCCCAGACAACUGCAGCGGCUCCUGCCUCGGACUGUGACCCCUUUGUAACCUCUGAACUUGCAGCUUUCAUCUUGGGCCCAUGAGCUUUCUGCGUGGUUGGAUUAUUGUUCUGCUCUGGAGCUGGCGUCUACAAUGAGAGAAAUGGCAGCGCAUCGAUAAAGUGAAGCUUGGAGCCAGAGCUGUGCAAAAGCUUUGCCUGGGGCUGGGGAGCUGGACAGGUGGUGGGUCUGGUUCUCCAGCAGGAUGCCUUGCUCCCACCUGCAUGAGAAGUAGUACAGCACCCUGGCAUCCCCGCCAAAGCAGCGACGGAGGAUCACAACUCCUACAGCACCCCAGAAGAAAUCCUUCCUUGUUCACCAGUGGACUUUCCACCGUCUCCACUAUGCACAGAGUACACCCGAGCACAGAAUAAUAUCCCACAGACUGACAGCAGCCAGGUCCAAGGAGCCUUCAACAGAAAGGAGUGUCACGGUUUGGGAAGCGCUUUUGCUGUUUGGCUGGAGGAGGUGGCAGGGCCAUUAGUGCGGGGAGCACAUCCUCCACACUUGUAGAUGGAAAGUCUCCCUCCUCUUCUGCUGCUUUUAUCAUAGCAGUAGUGUGCUGGGUGACUGCAUGUGUCCAGAGGGGAUUGUUUGGGAGCCUCAGGUGGGUGACAGGUGGUUGGUUGUGGAGGCCAUGGGGCCUUAGGAAACUACAGUAACAAAGAAGUACUGGAACCUUGUUAUUUUAAAGGGGGAAAAGGCAGUAAUAUUUUAACUCCCUUCUCCAAAAAAAUGUCAAGCAGAAAAGAAUUCUUGAGUUCAUUUGUUUUGUGAGCCUGAAAGCUUUAGGAGGAAGCUUUCUCUACAUAGCAUUUGUUGGCUUUUAAAAUACAGGUGACGGCAGAUAAUGUUGGUGUGCUGUGGAUUCUGCAUUAACACACUGAGAUUACUUUGACUCAUCAGGUUCCCAUCCUGCUGGGAACUGCUGGCUUCCUGCUGGAAGGAGGUGGCUGUUUUCCUUCACACGGUGGCGAUCAGGUUAGGAAAGACUGUGUAGGUGCAGUCAAGGUGUACAGGCUGUCUCUUGCCUGAGGUCACGCAGAUACGGGAAUUGAGGCCAGAUCUCCCACCUCCUUUUACCCAACAUCACAAGCACUGAUUGACUUGGUUAGGAAGUAGUUUGAGAAGCUGGAUCUUUGUGACUCCUGAAAAGAAUGACAGCCUCUGAGAGAAAUUCUGACUGUGCUCCUUGUGCGAGCUGUGUUGUCCUGAUUAUAGGAGAAGCAGCCAAAAAUGCAGCCAGGGAGAGCAGUUUUGAGCUCCAUAUUCAAAGCGUGGCAGCUGCAGAUAUAGAGGCAGUGGUUUGUUUUCCCUUUCUGACAGUUACAGCAGUCCUUUCUCUACAAAGGCUGCCUGUUAGCAAUGAAUUUGGAAGAUCCUGGUGGCUGUCUUGUUGGUUUCCUGAGCUGUGCAGCACUCUGGAUCUCCCAGGAAUGUCCACCUCCAUCUCUGGGGAACGUGACCUGUGCUUGUUGGCAUGGCCCAGGCUGCCCUCAAGCCUUAUGGUCUGCAGCUGUUUGUGUGCUGCAGGAACACAGCGUUUACUGAGGAAGGUUUAGCAUCUGUCCUCAUUCAGCAGCCCUGAAAUGCUCUUUGGAUCCUCAGUUCAGAAAAGGCUGGGACAUACAGUUCCCAUCCAGGGAGGCAGCGGGACAUACCCAGAGUGCAGAGGCCUCAGCUGCCAAAGUAUGGGGCCACAGUGCUGCCCGCGCUGCCUGUGAGCAGUUGGUGAUGUGCAGACACCCACACUGCUCCUUGCAGAGGUAGGAAACCAGCUGUGCUGUAUCUUCAAACCAGCAGCUUGCCAGGAUCUGUGGCUUGCAUUUGGCUGAUUGUGCAAGCAGCUGCUCGUGUAGAGGGGAACAUUUGAGAGGCGACAUCUCACUGGGGCAGUGCUGACCGUGCCGGUCUGCUCGCUCACAUCCCCAGAAUGCUUUCUGCUAGAACAGGCUCUCUGGGUCACAGCACAGGGUGCAAUAACAGAUGUUUGGACAGCAGAUUCCACAGACAUCUAACAGUUAAUUAGAGCCAGGAAAAUAGCAUAAUUUGGUCUCAUUUAAUAGCACAUCCAAUUCUGUAGGUGUUCAGCAUAAAAAUACAGAAUUGCAAUGUUAUUACCUCUUACAAUUUGUUCUCUAUCUGGUUUUAGCAGUAGAAGUGACAAUAUUCAGUCUUCUGUCACCCACUGGUCCAUGGCACCAUAAGGAAACCACUCUUGGGCCUCUGCCAACAGGUUCCUUCCCAGUUUGGUGCAUGGUUUCCUCCAAGAGAAGCACACAUGUCAGAGGGGUGGCUCCAGCUCAGCAGAGCCUGCCUCUGCUGUCAGCUCCUGUCGGGAUGUGGUGGCUGCUGGGCAGCAAGGUGAGAACUGACUGGCUUCAACACACUUCCCUGUCAAAUCUCCACUGUGAUGUAUGUAAAGUAUCUUGUAUGUUACAAAAGGAUUUUAAAAAGUGUCUUAAGGCCUGUAAACUCCGCUGUUUGGUCUGAAGAUGGCAUUCUGUAAAGAGACCGCUGUAUGAAUACGUUCCCAUGCUUUUUUCCCUAUGCUAUCAAACAACAAACCAUAUCUGUUCUGUAUGUAAUAAAUGUGUUAACAUCA